AGAACACGUAUCCAACACAGGAGCGCGUGCGCCAGUAACAGUGCAUUUCGUCUUAACGUUGUUCCCAAAGGUGGUUUUAUUCUGACACGUCGGCCGGAUGCUUCGUCUUCUCGGCAGCGGUGUGAGGGGAAGACAUUUACAGACGGACCGCAAUUACUUCCGGUUGUCCGUGAAAUGUAAUCAGUCCGUCAAAACAUCAACUUAUUCCAAUCAGAGUGAUAUGACAUGACAGUUAUUCUACAAAGUGAUGCAAUGUGUACAUAUGACCAACACAUAGACGCGUCCCCCGGCGGAACACUCGAGUCCUGAGAGCGCAGGAAGCAGCAGCUCGUGUCUCCGCAGUGAGCCGCUCAGCAUGUGGAGGGCAGGACGCGCCCCGAGCUGGAGGCCGGCAGCCAGGCCGGCAGCCAGGCCGGCAGCCAGGCUCUGUUCCAGCAAGACGCCGCCGACACCUCGGCCCCAGGCAGAGAAGCAGCGGCGGAGGCGAGAGCGGGAAGAGGCCAUCCUGUCGAGGCCGCGCCGGGCUGCUGACGGCGAGGCGGUGAAGUGGCGUGAGAGGCAGCCGGUCGUGUACGCUGCUCAGACACCUGCAGGGGCCAAGAAAGACACCAGCGGGCUGCUGCCGGCCUCCUACUGUCCAGACUAUGUGGAGUCCAGCUGGUACCAGUGGUGGGAGAAGGAGGGGUUCUUUGGUCCAGAGCAACAGGAGAGGCUGCCUCACCGAGUGGAUCAGACCUUCGCUCUGUGCAUCCCUCCGCCCAAUGUGACUGGCUCUCUGCACCUGGGCCACGCCCUCACUGUGGCCGUGGAGGACGCUCUGGUCCGAUGGAGGAGGAUGCAGGGCUACCGAGUCCUGUGGGUCCCUGGAUGUGACCAUGCAGGCAUUGCAACACAGACGGUGGUGGAGAGGAGACUGCUGCGGGACGGAGGGAAGCGCAGACGGGACUUCACCAGGAAGCAGUUCCUACGAGAGGUGUGGAAAUGGAAGAACGAGACAGGAGAAGAGAUCUACCACCAGCUGAGGAGGCUGGGAGCUUCUCUGGACUGGAGCCGAGCGUGUUUCACCAUGGAUCCAGCCUUCAGCAGGGCGGUGACGGAGGCCUUCGUGCGGCUCAGCGACUCCGGGCUGCUCUACCGCUCCGAGGCGCUGGUCAACUGGAGCUGUGCUCUGGAGUCGGCCAUCUCGGACAUCGAGGUGGACUCCCAGGAGCUGUGUGGGACCACCAUGCUGUCUGUUCCUGGAUAUGAGGCCCAGGUGGAGUUUGGGACCAUGCUCACCUUCGCCUACCCUCUGGAAGGCCACGAGGGAGAGGUGGCGGUGUCCACCACCCGUCCGGAGACCAUGCUGGGAGACGUCGCCAUCGCCGUUCACCCUGACGAUCCUCGGUAUCAGGCUGUUCAGGGGAAGCAGUGCAGACAUCCCUUCACCCACCGCCUGCUGCCCAUCAUCACAGACCCCAUGGUGGACAUGCAGCUGGGGACUGGUGCAGUGAAGGUGACUCCUGCUCAUGACCACACUGACUUCCUGCUGUCGCAGAAACAUGCCCUGCCACGCCUGACUGUGAUUGGAGGAGAUGGGACCAUGACUCCGCCCUGUGGACAAUGGCUGGAGGGAGUGAAGCGCUUCGAUGCCAGGCAGCUGGUGGUGGAGGCCCUGGUGGAGAAGAGGCUGUUCAGAGGAAAGGAGAGUCACGCCAUGACUCUGCCCGUCUGCAGCCGCUCAGGAGACAUCAUUGAACCUCUUCUCAAGAAGCAGUGGUUCGUGAGCUGUGAAGAAAUGGCUCAGAAAGCUAUCCAGGUGGUGGAGGAUGGACAGCUGGAGAUCAUCCCUCACUACUACACCAAGACAUGGAACAACUGGCUGUCCAACAUCAGUGAUUGGUGCAUCUCCAGGCAGCUUUGGUGGGGUCAUCAGAUCCCUGCUUACCAAGUGGAGUUUCCUCAUUCUACUGACAAACAAGAGGAGCAGUGGGUUUGGGGACGGAGUGAGGACGAGGCCCGACAAAGAGCUGCUGUUAAAUAUGGAGUGAAGCCGGAAGACAUCACUUUGACUCAGGACCCUGAUGUCCUGGAUACGUGGUUCUCCUCCGGGAUCUUUCCCUUCGCAAUGCUCGGCUGGCCGGAGCAGACCACGGACCUGCAGCGCUUCUACCCCGUCUCCAUUCUGGAGACGGGCAGCGACCUCAUCUUCUUCUGGGUGGCCAGGAUGGUGAUGCUGGGCACCGAGCUGACCGGACAGCUGCCCUUCAGACAGGUUCUCCUUCACUCCAUGGUGAGAGACGGCCACGGCAGGAAGAUGAGUAAAUCUCUGGGAAACGUCAUCGACCCAUUAGAUGUGAUCCAUGGAGUCUCUCUGGAGAGACUUCAAGAGAAGGUGAAGGAGGGGAACCUCCCCCCCAGGGAGCAGCUGGUUGCCAUGGAAGCUCAGAGCAGAGACUUCCCCCGAGGGAUCCCUCAGUGUGGGACGGAUGCUCUGAGGCUGGCCCUGUGCUCUCACAAGAUGCAGGGGGAGGACAUCAGUCUGUCCAUCGCUCAGGUCCUGAGCUGCAGACACUUCUGUAAUAAGAUGUGGCAGACGCUGAGAUUCACACUGGGAGUGCUGGGGGACAACACGGCACCAGUGACGACACUGGAGGAGACCGGCGCCGCCAGCAGCCUGGACCGCUGGCUGUGCUCGCGGCUGCGCAGCACAGUGGUCCAGUGUGAGCGGGCGCUGGAGGCCUACGAGCUGCACGCCGCCACGGCCGCGCUGCACGCCUUCUGGGUCCACAGCCUGUGUGACGUCUACGUGGAGCAUGUGAAGGCGGUGCUGCUCCACCAGGGGGGGUCAGAGGUGGAGCAUGUGCGAGCCCGGCAGGUGUCCUGCAGCAUCCUGUUCCACUGUGUGUCCACGUCUCUGGCCCUGCUCGCCCCCUUCAUGCCCUUCAUCACUGAGGAGCUGUGGCAGAGGCUGCAGCCACUGGGACCGGGACCGGGACCGGGAGCCCAGACCACUCUGUGUCUACAGCCGUACCCCCGCUCCUCUCAGCUGGCUCACUGGUGGUUCCCUGAGGAGGAGAGGGACUUCCAGCUGGUGCAGGAGGUGAUGCGCGUGGCCCGCUCCCUCCGGGCGCAGUGCGGCCUGACCAAAGAGAAGCCUGCCAUGUGGGCCGUGUGCUCCCCCAGCCAGGCCCGGGUCCUGCUUCACUUCGGGCCAGCUGUCUGGUCCCUGAGCCGGGUCUCCAGCCUCCACAUCUACUGUCCUGAUGGAGCGGAGCAGGCGGGGCUCCACCCCACGCCCCCACCGCCAGGGAGCCUCAUCGGAGUGGUGGACCACACGUGUCAGCUGCACCUUCACAUCCAGGGUGGAGUCUCACUCUGGUCUGGCUCCAUCAGGGUGGAGUCAACACUGAUAGGCGGAGGCUGCAGCUCCACCAGCGCAGAGACAAGCUGCUCCCCAAGCUGGAGGCCCUGCUGUGCAGAGCCCGGGCCCCAGGCUACCUCACCAAGGUUCCUGCUACCGCCCGGCAGCACCUGGACACCAAGACUUCAGCCCUGCAGCAGGAACUGAAGAGCAUCGACGAGCAGCUGGAGGGCCUGCUCCAGAACACCGACAGCCAAUGAGCAUCAGGCCUGGACAUGCUGAUGAUGUCAUGAUGCUUCAUGAGCGACGGUGGCCGGAGGCGGGGAAUCCUUCAUAUUCAUCAUUGUGCUAAAAAUAAAUGUCUUGAUCAAA